GUUAUUGCUGAGCAACGGAAGGGGAGAAGGCCGACGCACAGAGCCAGACUGAACUGCUGCAACGGCAGGGCUGGGCUCUACACACGCAUACACACACACACCUUCAGCAGCAACACACACCAGAAAGGAAAAAAGGGAUGGCCUAGCUGUGUUGUGCUGUCAGUGGUCUAUCAGCAGUGAGCUACCUGGACCAGAGUAGGUGUGUGCCAGAGGCAGCAGCAGGGUGCAGAGAUGAGUGUGACCUCCUGGUUCCUGGUGAGCAGCGGGGGUACUCGCCACCGACUCCCCCGUGAAAUGAUCUUUGUUGGCCGGGAUGACUGUGAGCUAAUGCUACAGUCCCGCAGUGUGGAUAAGCAGCAUGCAGUCAUCAACUAUGAGGCUGGGACUGAUGAACACAAGGUCAAGGACCUGGGCAGCCUGAACGGGACCUUUGUAAAUGAUGUCCGCAUCCAGGAGCAGAUGUAUAUCACUCUGAAGAUGGAGGACAAGCUGAGGUUUGGAUAUGAUACCAACCUAUUCACGGUGGUGAGAGGAGAGCUCACUGUGCCAGAGGAGGCUCUAAAGCAUGAAAAGUUCACCAGCGGCCUCCAGCUCAGCAAGAAGCCAUCCAAUGGUGAAACCACAACCACCACAACCACAAGCAAGUCUCCCACGAAGACCCCAACAAAAACAGCGAAGUCUCCCAGUGGUGGCACCCCAAGGCCAGGGGAGAGCAGAGCAACGGAUGGGGUCACACCCUUCAAAGAGCCACCAGGGGACGCUACAGCGCUGCCUCGCGGGACGCCUCUGUACGGCCAGCCGUCUUGGUGGGGGGACGGGGAUGCAGAUGAUGAGAACUCCUUCAAACAGGAAACAAAGUCAUCCACGAAAAAACAUGACAGCUCCAUUUCAGACAGCAAAGAGGCACGUCGAGGGGAGAAGGCUAAAGAGGACGGCCUUCAUGCGUCCACCACGCAUGAUUCCAGUUACUUUGAAAUCCCUACCAAGGAGGGUCACAUGGCCAAUAACGGCAUCCAUGAGAUUCCCACUAAAGACACAGAGGGCAGUACCACUCACACCACUACAGCUCAAGGUCACGCUUCCUUCACCAUAGAGUUUGACAACACUUCUCCAGGGAAAGUCACCAUUAAAGACCAUGUGUCAAAGUUCACAUCUGAACACCACAGAUCUCGCUCCAAAAAGAGUGGAGCAGGAAGUGGAGGUGCAGGAGGGAGGGACUUGAGCACACUUCAGGCGGCCAUGAUGGCAUCAGAAAGCAAAGUGGCUGAUUGGCUGGCCCAGAACGACCCCACUCUAGUGCGCAGCGAGUCAACAGAGGACGACAGCAAGAGCAUCAAGAGCGACGUGCCGGUCCAUCUGAAACGACUGAAAGGCAGCAAGCAUGAGGAUGGCACCCAGAGUGACUCUGAGAAUGGACUGGGCCUGCGUUUUGCCAACCGCCGCCAUGCCCUCGAGGAACGUCUAAAAGCAGCGCACAGCCACGUGGGAGGAGGAGGAGGAGCAGGAGGAACAGGAGGUGGUAACGUAACAGUGAGCGGGACCCGAACAACCGGCACCCGCACUGCCUUCAUGAUCGAGUUCUACGACGAGGAAAACCCUCGCAAGCGCCGGUCGUACUCAUUUUCUCAGACUGCACCCCUGCUGGGGGGAGGAGCUGGUGGAGAGGGACUGUGUCCUCAGCCUCCGUCUCACCCCAAGGUGUUCAGCAUUUCCACGUCUGCUACUACAGCCUCAGAUUCAGGAAAAGCCCCAGCUCCAAUACCGGCUACAGUGGCUGUAGGUGCCCCUACAGCUGCCCGCGUGCUGCUCAAGCAGAGGUCUGAGGACCCAAGUAUCAGUCGGAGCUCAGCCAGUACAGGGCUGGCGACAGGUAGCCCCACCAGCCCCAGCGAGGACGCCUCGGUCGUGGGGAAAGGAGCGGGGACAGCUGGAGGAGAGGCAGAGGAUGACCACAGUGAUAAGGGGACGUACACUAUCGAACUGGAGAACAGGAACCCAGAGGAAGAGGAGGCCAGGCGCAUGAUAGACAAGGUGUUUGGUGUUCAGCAGAGCCAAGACUCAUCUGUUCUGUCUGACCUGAAAAGAGAAGGAAAAGGAAAGGAGACUGGGGAGACAGGGAAAGAGGCUCUUCCUGGUGACUCGAGCUGGGUCUCUCAGUGGGCCAGUCUAGCUGCCAAUCAUACCAGGACAGACCCAGAGGGAUCAGGAGCAGAGACAGCCGCCUUCCUGCACAAAGAGAGAGGAGCUGAUGCGUUUGAGUCCACUGCGUCCCUCAGCAGAGGUGAAUCCUCCUCCAGUCUGACAGACCGUAAGCGCAGGACCCUCCCCCAGCUCCCUGUGGAUGACCCCCGGGCUAAAUCCAGCACCAAAGCCCUGAGGUCUGAGAUUGGGGAGAAGCAGGACACUGAACCCCAGGAAAAAGAGAACAAGGGCGACGGGGAGUCCCCAACUCUCAAGGAGGACAGUGAGAUGACCAGUAAACGGAAACAAAGCUCCACUUCCUCUCCAUGCAAGGCUCCUCUCCGGACCUCUGGCAGCACUGAACGGAGGAAGAGGUCAGAGGAGAGGAAAGGAGGAGGAGGAGAAGGAGGAGAGAAGUCUGGGAAGCCUCUAGUGCGCCAGGGCAGCUUCACUAUUGAAAAGCCCAGCGCUAAUGUCCCUGCAGAGCUCAUCCCACGCAUCAACAGAGGUGGCAGUGGGCGCGAACGCAGUGACUCUGUGGGUAGCAUGGAUACUGCUACACUCCUGAAAGACACUGAAGCUGUCAUGGCAUUCCUGGAGGCUAAACUAAGAGAUGAAAAUAAACUAGACCAGAAAAGUAGUAAAACUGGCAUCACCACUCAGGGUUCAGGUUCUGGCCUCCCGCCUCGGACUGACUCCAUCUCUCCUGAGUCAGAUGUGGACACGGCCAGCACAGCUAGUCAUGUGGCUGGAGAGGCUGAAAGGAAAGCAGCCGCUGGUGGUGUACAAAAACGGCGUUCCCUCAGCAGCAUGCACCGGGAGAAGAGCAACAUGAGCACAGCUUCCAAGACAAGUGUCACUAAUGCAAGUGCCCGAGAGCGCUUGGAGAGGAAGACUAAAACAAGAACUGUGGACGCGACAAGCCGGACCGAUGCACGCCGCUCUGUUCAGCCGUCCUCUGCCUCCUCCAGAGCACGCCAGCCUUCACUGGAUCUCACUGAUGACGACCAGACUUCUUCCUUCCCCAUCUCUGACAUCUUGUCCUCAGACCAGGAGACCUACUCUGGACCGUUGGGGCACUCAGCACUUGGACGUGGCUUAGAUGAUGCCCUCCAUUCCAAACUCGAUAGCAGGUCUGCUAAGACCUCCACCAGUGGUUCAGCUAAAACCAGCCGUACUCUCCAGGCAGCCACCACCUCCUCUCUGAACAAGCAGGCCUCACUGCCUCAGCCGCGGCCCACAAGAGCCUCCCUUCUUCGCCGUGCCCGCCUUGGGGAUACAUCUGACACAGACCUAGCUGAUGCAGACAGGGUGUCUGUGGCCUCUGAGGUUUCCACCACCAGCUCCACCUCUAAGCCGCCAUCUGGUCGGAAGGGAAUGUCACGACUGGACAUGCUGGCUCAGCCGCGUAGGAAUCGUCUGGGCUCCAUCUCAGCCCGCAGUGACUCAGAGUGCACGGUGACCCGGAGCUCCACCUCUUCACCCCGCCUGUCAGCUGAGACUGCUCUGCGUCUGGGCUUGCGCUCAUCAACGCCCACAGAGAACAGACUGACACCCAGGAUGAGGGCCAACAGCGUGUCCAAACUGAACGAGACCAAGACUAAGACCACUACAUCUGGAUACUGCUCACCCACAGAGAGCUCUCAGCCCGAACCUGAGGGCGGUGAUGCAGAGGAAGAGCUAAUGGUGUCCAGUAGCAGCAGGUGGAGACGUCUGCCACCAGAAUACGGCUCCACCUCAGAGGAAGAGUUUGGCUCCAACCGGAAUUCUCCAAAGCACGGAGGACGCUCUCACGUACGACCUCAUCACCUCGUCCCACACCGCAGCUCGAGGCUCAGCACCACCGCAGCUCCAGGCUCUGCUGCAGUGACGGGUCCAGGUGGAGUGGGGUUCAAACAUCGAAUGAAAGAGCAAGAGGAGUACAUCAGAGACUGGACAGCACACAGCGAGGAAAUAGCCAGGUUAUUCCCCUGUGUGCGCAGGAUCAGCCAGGACUUGGCCAAGGACUUGGCCAUCUUGGCCCGUGAGAUCCAUGAUGUGGCCGGCGAGAUCGACUCAGUCAGCUCAUCUGGCACAGCGCCCAGCACCACCGUCAGCACUGCCGCCACCACCCCGGGAUCAGCUAUCGACACCCGGGAAGAGGUAGGCCCUGCACGUUCCACGCAGCCGGACAUACAGGAGAGCAUGAGAAAGUUGGUAGAUCGGGUGUUUGAUGAGAGCCUCAACUUCAGGAAGAUUCCGCCUGUGAUUUCAACCAAGGCACCAGAGAUCAAUGGUAAGCCGGUGGAGCUCCGCCCCCGUGCUCCUGACAGUCUGGAGCCCCGAGCUCUGAGGAGACGCACCUGGAACCGAGAAGAGGCGGUGUUGGACAGCCUGCUGCUCAAUUCAGUUUCUCAACUGUCCACUAAGAUCAGACACUCUGUCGAUAAAACCGCAGGAAAAAUCAGGAUUUUGUUUAAGGAUAAGGACAGAAACUGGGAUGAAAUUGAGAAUAAACUGCGAUCAGAAAGUGACAUACCACUCCUGAAAACCUCCAACAAGGAGAUUUCCUCAAUUCUGCUUGAACUGAAGAGAGUUGAGAAGCAGCUUCAAGUGAUCAAUGUCAUGGUAGACCCAGAUGGGACUCUGGAUGCCCUGGCCAGUCUCGGCCUGACCAGCCCCACCACCCCUACCAAGCCCCAAGCCGCCAAAAUCACUUCCCCCUGUGCCACCAACCCCGGGUCCGUGCAACCAGCCAAAGAAUCGCUGCCGCAGAUCCUUCCUGGGCCUGGAGGAUCAGCAACCUCCGCCAGAGUUCAGGCAUCUUCUCCCAGCACAGAGGAAACUGCCCAAGAACCCAGUGUGGGUCUGGGGAUAACAGGAGUCGGAGGACUGCCCUUCAACCGCAUGCGUCCGAGCGGAGAGGAGGCCAUCGCACAGAAGUGAACAUGAAGUUUCCCUGAAAUCAAGAUUAUGUGAAUAAACAUGAGUCUGGAUUGAAGUGCAGGUGGCUGGUAAUCAGUGUUAAACACCAAGGGGGCAGGUAUAGGAACAUGUAAAGAAUUUUGGACAGAACAGUUGCCAUUCUGCUGAAUAUACCACUCCAUGACUGUGGAGAUAUUAUCAAGAUAAUUUAGCAAAAGUGUUUUCCAGAUGUGGCCGGAAAUGAAGUGCUUCAGCCUUUAGGCUCCAUGUGCUAAACCCCAACUGAUGCAACACAGAUAUAACCUUGAACCUUGGACCCAUGAAUGAUUUGGAUACACAUCACAUUAUGAGCUUUUCAACCUUAAACUGUUUAUGCUUACUGGCCAGCCUGACUUCCGAAUGGACUAAAUGCUGCCUGGCUGCUCUCUCAGUGGACAGAUCCCUGUGGCUGUACAGUCUCCACUCUUCCUCCAGUCUUCUCCUCUGGCCUUCUCCGUGUGUCAGGACCCUACCUACACUAAUGACAUGCCUUAAAGCACAUUCUCGAUAGUAGCAGUGUAACCCCUUGUCCCCUCAAAUAAUAUACAAGACAGCAUCUAAGACUUUAAUACAGUACUUUCAGACAAAUAGAAUGCAUUGUAAAAUAACAUUUGCGAAAUAUGCUCUAUUUACACUAUGAUGAAAUACAACACUGCAAUAAUUUAUGAGAUCUUAUUCAGUACAAAGAAUAUUUCAGCAGCCUUAAGUAACCACCCUGACAAACUACAGUCAUAAACAGACAUGCUUUAUGCCUGAAACAGUUCACAAAUUAAGCAAAAUCGCAGAAGUUUUAUAUAUUUCAUAUCUCUAACUGUCCGUCCAUCUCUCAAACUGACUCUGUUAAAAAGGAUUUUUAGUGCCUCCCCAUCUCUUUGCUCACCUGUCUUUCCUGCACCCAUUAUCUUUUACUCUUCCCCUCCCCUCCUUUCCCUCCCAGUACUUGGGAAAUGUGUUACACCUCAGUAGCAUGUACAGGACCGAGCUGAGAGCUUUCUACCUUCCAGUUAGUGUCUGUGUCAAUCUUACUAAUACUGAAUGGUAGUUUUACACAGUAAUAACAGCCUUUGGGAAACCAAUGAUCAUUUUCAGUCAAAAUAAUCACUUACCAAAGUUAACCAUUUUCUUGAUAUUGUCAUUUUCGAACAGUAGAGCCAUCUUGAAAUCCAUCUGUUGCGCAAAAGCUGAUAGGGUAGUUCAUACUGUAUGUUUUAGAUGGAAAUAACCUUCUUCUGCAGUUUUUCUCUGAAUGUCAAGAUCCUUUUUCUCAAAAAGCUUAUUUAUGAUAUUGAAACACUAGUUUAGUCAUUGCUGCCAUAUCUUUCUUUGACCCAUGUGAAAUGGUCUGUCAUAAUCAGUGCUCUUAGCCUUUUGCUAUGGUACAUCCACUCAAGUGUCCUAUAAUUUCCAAUUGGCUUUUUUAUACUUUUUCCAGUCACAGGUGACGUGACUACUUUUUAAAACUAGCACUGAUGAGCAAAGAAAAAAGCUGUUUAAACUAAAUAUUUUAUAAUAUUUAGAUACUGGUGUUGUACUGUAGAUACUGUAGACCGUUGCUUUUUAUUGCUUUGAGUCACCUCACAAUAAAUUUCAUUUUCUUUAUCUGUCACUAAACAAUUUGAGCUCAUGUACACCAAAACCUGAACAUGGGGAAAGCUGCUGGAUCUAGUUUUCAUUAAUGUUAAGAACAUGGGCAACUUACAAAGAGGCCUUUUGUAGUUCAAAGUGUAUCUUUGAGGAACGUCAGUGAGUAGAAGUGAUCACAUCUUUGAAAAUAAGCUCCCCAUCUAUUUUAUGAAUUUUGCUUGUAAUGCGGCUUCAUAUCAGUGUACAUACAGAAGGUGCAUCAUUCUCUUUCCACCAGUGGCAGAAGUUCCAGCGAAAUGAUUCUGUAGAAAUUGCAAACAGACAGUAUAGUUAACCUCUUUCUCAUUGACUUUGCUGCUUUGCGAGUAACUUCAUGAGGACUAACCAUUUUCUGAAUCUCUCUUCAUCUUAUAGUCUGUGUUCUAGAGUAAGAUGGCUUAAAGGCAGUGUAUUAGUACUUAGAUAUUCUCAAAAUAGUGAAUUUAGGUACCUGAAUACAUGUUCAUUUCCUUCUCUCUGUACUGUACUGUACAAUGUCUUUCAAUGCCUCUAAGUGCCCAUUUUGACUAUAGAAGGGCAUUGACUAAAAGAGCAAGAAAGAUGUUAGUUGUCUAAAGAAUUUCUCUUAUUUUGCACAUCAGAUUGUGGUGUUUUCUCAUACAGAAGUAGUGAAGAAGCAGUGAAAGGCUGCAUCAGAUGUCAAAUGGUUUGACAAAGAAUGAUAUCACGUUACCUGAUAUCAGAAGUGACUGCCUUGCCUCUCUGGAACUAUUCUGUCUGUACAGACGAAGCCUCUAAUCGUGUCGUUUGUCUUUUUUUUCCUCGCCCCAUUUUAUCAAAAAACAAACAAAAAAUGAAAUUAGGGGACUGUGAAUGCUAGGUACAUGUUUAUUUUUUAAAUGCUACAUGUGUCAUUUGAUCAGUGUCAUUUUGUUCCUUGUCAUUUUUGUAAAGAAAAAAAACAAAACACCAUUUUAUUUAUUUUUGUUUUAAUAUUUUGUGGAUGUUUCAUGUAUUUUAUAUUUGUCCAACUAUCUGCAUUGUUUCUUACUGUUAAUAAAACAGAGCCAUUCACGUGUUUCUGUUUUUGAACUUUGAAAACUAAGCAGACACAAGCUUAGGGUUCAUUGAAUUUUCAAGGUUGACUUUAUAUAAGUCACUGAACAGAAGUAGACUUUUCUACACUCUCGGCCAUUAAUCAUGUCUCAACUAAAAAUGCAAAUAACUCAGGCAUGCUACCCAUUUGUGUUGCCUGAACUCUUACAGAUUUGCAUGCACAGCUGCUCAGAAUCAUUUCACCAGGAGACAUGUCAACCACAGACUGCACACAGGGAGUAUUAAUGUGCUAUGCUUGAAAUCCCCAUAGAACAAACGAUAAUCACAUUGAAGUUAUCUUCAUAUUC